AUGUCGUCUGGGCUGCAGGAGCGCGACAACGGCGUCUCGUUCAUCCUCCUCAUCUCGAGGCAGGGCAAGGUCCGCCUCGCGAAAUGGUACACCACCAUGCCACCCCGGAACAAGGCCAAGGUCGUCAAGGACGUGACGCAGCUGGUCCUGGCGCGGCGGACACGAAUGUGCAACUUCCUCGAAUACAAGGACUCGAAGAUCGUCUACCGCCGAUACGCCAGCCUCUUCUUCGUCUGCGGCAUCGGACCUCAAGAUAACGAGCUCAUCACCCUCGAGGUCAUCCACCGAUACGUCGAAGUCCUCGACCGGUAUUUCGGCAACGUUUGCGAGCUCGACCUCAUCUUCAACUACCAGAAGGCCUACUCUAUACUCGACGAGCUCAUCAUCGCGGGCGAGAUGCAAGAGUCGAGCAAGAAGUCGGUUCUCAAGGCCGUCGGACAGGCGGACCAGAUCGAGGAGCAGGAGCUGUCGGAGGACCCGCUCGGUCGCCUCGGCCAGCGAUGA